AUGCAGACGCCAGUGUUCCUCGCAAUUCCUGGGUUGUUGUCAUUCAAGGAUGUGGCCAUCGAAUUCUCUCCAGAGGAGUGGGAAUGCCUAGACUCCCCUCAGCGAAUAUUGUACAGGACUGUGAUGUUAGAGAUCCAUAGAAACCUGGUUUUUCUAGGACUUGCUGACUCUAAGUCAGACCUCAUCAUGCAUCUGGAGCAAAGGAAAGAGCCCUGGGAUGUGAAGAGACAUGACAUAUUAGCCAAACUUCCAGCUGUGACUUCUCAUUACACUGAAGACCUUUUGCUAGAGAAGAGCAUAGAAGACUCACUUACAAAGGUGCCAGUGGGAAAAUAUGAUAAAUAUAGCCAUAAGAACAUAUGCUUACAAAAAUCUUGGGAAAGUGUGCAUGAGGCUGAAGACCAGAUAGAAUGCUCAGUUGUAAAUAACCAUUACAAAUGUAACAAGAGUGAGAAAGUCUUUCAUCAACACUCCAUAUCUGUUAUCCACCAGAGUAUCCAUAUUUCUGAAAUGGCUGUCAAACAUGAAUAUAGCAAAACAUUUAACUGGUCCUCAAAAUGUAGUCAACAUCAAACAAAUAGUGGAGGAAAUAUGCACAAUGUAUGUGGGAAAGUAUUUAAGAAAUCGUCCUAUUUAAAUAGACAUGAAAAAAUCCAUAGGGGAGAGAGAGUCUCCAAAAGUGAAAAACAUGACAAAGCCCUUAGCUAUUACUCAUGUCAUUCACAACAUCAGAAAAUUCAUUGUGGAGAGAAACUCUAUAAAUGUGAAGAAUGUGAUAAAGCCUUUACUUGGUAUCCACAUUUUAGUCACCAUCAGAGAAUCCAUACUGCACAUAAACCCAACAAAUAUCAAGCAUGUGACAAGUCCUUUCAUCAGUACUCAAAUGAUACUCAACAUCAAAGAUACCAUACUGGAGAGAAACCCUGCAAAUGUGAAGAAUGUGGCAAAGCCUUUCACUCUCAAGGAGAAUUUGCUGGACAUAAGACCAUUCAUACUGGAGAGAAACCCUAUAAAUGUGCUGAAUGUGGCAAAGCCUUUCACUCUCAUUCACAUCUUACUCGACAUACAGUGAUCCAUACUGGUAAGACACCCUACAAAUGUGAAGAAUGUGGCAAAGCCUUUCACUGUCGUUCAAACCUUGCUCAACAUAUGAUGAUCCAUACUGGAGAGAAACCCUACAAAUGUGAAGAAUGUGGCAAAGUCUUUCGCACUCGUUCAAACCUUACUCAACAUAUGGUGAUCCAUACAGGAGAGAAACCCUACAAAUGUGAAGAAUGUGGCAAAACCUUUCACUUUCGUUCAACACUUUCUAGACAUACCGUGAUCCAUAAUGAACAGAAACCUUAUAAAUGUGAAGAAUGUAGCAAAACCUUUCAUACUCAUUCAAACCUUACUUACCAUAUGUUGAUCCAUACUGGAGGGAAACCCUACAAAUGUGAAGAAUGUGGCAAAGCCUUUCGCUGUUGUUCACACCUUGCUCAACACACAGUGAUCCAUUCUGGAGAGAAAUCCUACAAAUGUGAAGAAUGUGGCAAAGCCUUUCACACUCGUUCAAACCUUACUCGACAUAUGGUGAUCCAUACUGGAGAGAAACCCUACAAAUGUGAAGAAUGUGGCAAAACCUUUCACUCUCGUUCAGAUCUUUCUAGACAUACAGUGAUCCAUAAUAGACAGAAACCUUAUAAAUGUGAAGAAUGUGGCAAAACCUUUCACACUCAUUCAAACCUUACUAACCAUAUGGUGAUCCAUACUGGAGAGAAACCCUACAAAUGUGAAGAAUGUGGCAAAGCCUUUCACACUCGUUCAUACCUUACUCGACAUACAGUGAUCCAUAAUGGACAGAAACCUUACAAAUGUGAAGAAUGUGGCAAGGUCUUUCACUCUCAUGUAGCAUUUGCUAGACAUAAGACCAUGCAUACUGGGGAGAAAUCCUACAAAUGUAAAGAAUGUGGCAGAGCCUAUCACACUCAAAGAGGAUUGACUGUACAUAAGAUCAUCCAUACUGGACAGGCACCCUAUAAAUGUGCAGAAUGUGGCAAGGCCUUUCGCUCUCAU